CAAUACCACAUGGAAACUCAACCGCGUGGGUGGGAAAACCCAGACCACAAAUCUGAAGCAUGUCAGUGGCUUUCACCAGCAUGUCAGAGGAGGUUGGAGUAGAUAAAUGGAAUCUGAUGUCCAGUGAUGACAGAUCACACGGCAGAGGCAGAUCCCGGAGCUCAGUGUGUUGGACUAUGGCUGUCGCAUUGUGUCUGGAGCUGCUGUGUAUUAUUUUGUUGGCUGUCAUCCUAAGCUUCAUGGCCCAAAAGGCUGGUGCCCGACAUGAGCAGGAGACUCGAACACCAGCUGGUCAGCUGGUGAUGUGUGAAAACCUGACUCAUCACUGGCUCCAAUUACAAAGCAGCUACAACGACCUCUUCGAAAGCAGAAAUCGGUUACAGGCACAAUACUUCAAUGUCAAUGUGGAGAGAAAUGCCCUGAAAAAUGAGAGAGACCAGGUGAAGACUGAUUACAACAACUUGAACAAACGGAUGGUGACGCUGCAGGAAGAUUAUAACACAGUGGUUGCACAACGAAAUAAAUUACAAGAGCAGGUCAAGUUGGCAGGUUUUAAUGAAACAGAAGCACCUUGCAUCCUGGGAUGGAUCUGGUACAACUUAAAGUGCUACUAUGUCUCUCCGAAAGGAAUGACCAAAACCUGGCAAGAUGCACAGAGGAACUGUGUUGAUCAAGGAGCUCACCUGGUGAUUAUAUCCUCCCAACAAGAGCAGGACUUUGUCACCAGUUUCUAUGACAGAACCUGGAUUGGACUGAAUGACAAGGAGACGGAGAGCAAAUUCAAAUGGGUAGACGGGACUCCCCUGCAAGGGCAGCAAUUCUGGCAGUCAGGAGAGCCCAACGACAACGAGGGAGGUGAGGAUUGUGUGGAGGCAUCACGUAAUGGAGAUGGAUGGAAUGACUUGCCCUGUCGUUUGCGCUUUUCUUGGAUAUGUGAGCGCUCAUGAGCAGUAACAACUAGAGAGGCACUCAAAGAGCACAUACUUCCGCCAAGGUCCAAUAAACCCCUGAUAAAAUUUAUAAUGCAAUUACCAACACUUUUACUGUCUCAUUAAGUAAUGUUAAUAACCAUUUCAUAAGGGUUAUAAUAACCUUAUUACGUUAACUAUGGCUUAUUAAUUAAUUAAAAAGGCUUUAAUAUCAAAGCAUUACCAUUCGUUUCAAUGUUAUAUGAAAAUGUUUUUUUUAUGUCUAUCAUGUAAUUAAUACACUAAAAUAUAUAAAUGUGAGAUACUGAAAUACUUUAAUAAGCUUUGCACUGUUGCUUAAUAUUUGCUUCUGCUUUAACCAGUAGUAAGUAAUUCAGAGCACUUGAAUCAGAAUGUAUUGCAAAAUAAAUUAUAUAGGAAAUCAUAAUGCAUAAUGGUGUUUAAUUGAAUUUUUUCAAAGCUUUGAUCAAUGGGAAUAAAAUUGUGAACAAA